CUCACUGCCAGAUCGUUCUCCGUAUUUUGCCAGACCUUCCAGCGUUAUUCCCCGGACUGAUUUCCCGUUGCCGACCCUGCCUGCCUGGUGACUCACGGCUCUCUUUUGUGAUGUUUAAUAACCUGUGAUAUAGAUCUCUGACUUUGAGAGAGGCAGUUCAGCUCGACACUGAAGGUCAAUAAAGCAGCUAUUCAUCCUGACAGCUCAGACACAAUCAACUGGACGAUGGCCGUUGAUCAACGCUUCAUAAUCAGUGCCCGCAUUAUCGGAGCCGUCCACAGGGACACACCAAAACUGAAGAUGUUCAUGAUAUCUGUGUUGUGGUCUGACGAGACUGAAGUUAUUGUCUACAGGUCCUUCAAGGAUUUCAAGAAAUUUCAUAGGCAGCUGAAAAAGAGGUUCCCUCACCUGAACCCUUUCAGGAAAAACGACAGAGUGAUCCCAAAAUUUACAGGGCAGGUCAGGAGGAACAGCCUCCAGAAGAAAGGAUCCAAGCGAUCUGUCCAACGGAUGAAGUUCCUGGAGAGCUACUGUGACAAGCUGUUGAAGUGCGACCAAACUGUGACUCAGAGCUCAGAGGUGGCUCAGUUCUUUAUGCCCAAAGACCAUGACCUGCAGCCAGACUUCACCAAGAACAGCAUCAUGAUCCUGCUGCCUGAUGGCUCAGGUGGAGGAGGGGGUGAUGUGACUCGCCAGCAUGCAGGCAGCAUCACUCACCCGUUUGUCACCCAGACUUACCGCUGCGUGGCCGCUUACGAGACAAAGGAUACCAAGAACCGUCCGUUUAAGGUCGCUGUGGACGAGAAGCUGGAUGUCCUGAUCAAAGACCCUGCAGGUUGGUGGCUGGUGGAGAAUGAAGAUAAGCUUUUGGCUUGGUUUCCGGCUCCCUACCUGGAGUUAUGUGAAGGAGAGGAUGGUGAUGAUGCUGGUUUCCAGCUAGCAGGUGCCCUGUACUGUGCCGUGAGGAGUUACUCUACUAAGAAGGAUGACGAGGUGUCUGUGCCCAUUGGCUCUGUGGUGGAGGUGCUGAGGAAGUCUGACAACGGCUGGUGGCUCAUCAGGUUCAAUGGAAAGGCAGGUUACAUCCCCUCCAUGAACCUGCAACCAUACAACAACCCACGGGCAGGCCUUUACAGCCUGCAGAAAAAGCUGCACAGCUCCACUCUGAACCUGGCAACCAGCAGGGAACCUCAGGCUCCUCGUCCAUCCGGCAUCAACGAAGAAAAUAGUCCACAACGGGAUUCUGCAGGUCAGUCCAGAGGAGAGCCCAGUCUGCCAGGGCGUCUCCACAAGGCCCGAUCUCUGGAUGUUCUCUCUGAGACCUGGUCACAAACACCGACGGAGAGGGAAGCCUCAACCUCAGAAGGCCGCGCACGCAGCUUGAGCAACACAAGCACUGAGAUCAGCUUCUCAGACUUCUCCUCAAGCAGCGAAUCAUCAAGUCCAACAGUCAGUCCUUCAGCCUCACCUCAGCCUGGUGUCAGUGACAGUGGGAUCAGCAUUCCUGAUCUCAGCCUCUACGACCGCCGAGGCUCCAACACUAGCCCUGACAGCUCUGGAUCUUUAAGCUCCAAAGGAAGUGAGAUGGCUUCAGUGGCUCCCAGGAUGCCACCCAGACCAAAAACAGAGGAGAUCCUGACCCGCUGCACCACCAUGACCCGCAAGGCAGCCCUGGCUACCAAGACCCGGCUUCAGAUUCAGCCAGAGUCCAUCCACAGCCGCUAGGGAAUCACAAGACUUUGAUUCAUGAAGUAUUCAUAUAACUUAUGUUACCGGUUAGACCCCAUAGGGUCUGUCAGUCAAGUGUGUUUUGUGCGGCAUUUUAAAUAUCUUGAUUUCAAUUUUUUGUCAUACCAGAGAUCGAAGAUAUAGUAAUAUUGGCUGGGAUGAUUAACGUCGGGCUCAAUGUGACAGGAACCGGGAUUUGAUGACGACGUUCGCGCGCAGCCACUUUGGGGCGGCUACGUCAGAGAGCAUGGACAUUGAGGAGCUGGCAGUGACCGUGUCUCAGAGACUGUGGUUGUUGCAACUGAACCAGCUCAAAGAAAAGGAUGGGUAAUAAUUUACCUUAGCCAAAUACAAAUUUUAACUGAACAGAGCCUGAACGCAUCAUAAUGUAACUGAAUGGAUCAUCCUUAUGUUAGCAUUAACAGAGAUUCCCAUCAUGCAGGUGCUGCUGAUGGGAAAAGAUGCCCUCUGGUUAGACUGAUGUCACUAAACCAGUUCUAUGGCAACUAUUUGUGUGCAUGGGUGUGUGUGUUUAGCUAUUGUUUCCCACAGUAACCGGGAAUCAUCAGGAAGUGGCACGAGAUGUACUUUUAAUCAGUCAGUAGUUUUAUAAGACACAUAUCACACUGUACACCGCCAUCAUUGUUAUGUAUGACCAGAAACAUUCCCAAUAUUUAUAUUUGGCAGAUUAACGUAAUACCAUAUAGCUACAUGGGAUGGGUGUUACAAUAAGAAAGCAAAGGAUUAAGAAAAAGAUCUGAAAAAAAUACUUAACUAAAAUCACGUGUUAAAAUCACAUUAAGUGUUAAAAUACUUAACUAAAAUCACGUGUUAAAAUCACAUUAAGUGUUAAAAUACUUAACUAAAAUCACGUGUUAAAAGUGUUAAAAUCACAUUAAUGGUUGCUCUAUUCAAGUCUACCAGUAUGACUGACAGUUAGCCAGCAUGAAAAAUACCAGGACAUUGACACUGAAGCAGCUAAUGGAAUUCAGCCGUUAUUAAACUCAUUGCCAGACAAUGAAGACAUGUCAGAAUGUCUUCAUUCAUUGUAAAUAUUUCAAUAAUAUAAUUGGCCAUGGUUUCUUUUCACUGAAGUUAUUUUAUAAAAAAUGGGCAAAUACUGCCAUAGAUAUGAGAGGUCAUUUUUACCUUAGCAUUCACUAAAGAUGGUCAAUAAUAUAUAUUUUUGGGGGAAAUUUAUGGUGUCUUACAAAAUCUUUUUUCGUUUUGUUGUUGCUUUUAUAGUAUUAGUAAGUCGGUACAGUAUAUAUUUAUUCAUCUUAAAAUUUGGAUAAUUUCUAUCACAAUCAGAAGCACUGUUCAUUUCAAGCUCCCAUCAUUUAGUAGCAGACUGGACUUCUCUGCAAAGGCAGUUUCAGGAACAAGAUAGGAGGAAGAAGGAACUUCCAAGACAAACUGUUUUAGGUACAUAUUUGAUCCAAUGGAGCUGUUUUUUCUGCCUCUGACAUGAUGUACAGUAAAAACACAGCAGACAUAAAACCCAUGAGUGAAAUAUGU